AUGGCGCGGAGCGCCGGCCCGCCGUCCGCGCGCCGAGCGCUCGAUCGAUCCGCGUCGGUCGCGAGCGGGACCAAGGACCUCGAGGCCGUGCCCGCGGGCGUCGAUGAGGACGUGGAGGUCGUCAGUUCCGCCUCCGUGGACGUUGCGGCGCGUCCCCCGACCGCCGAGGAGUACCGCAUCCUCCAGGACCUGCGCAGGCGCUACCGCGAGCAGGUCGAGGCCACGUGCGACCUGCUGCGGUCGAUGCUCGUCGCGCCCACCACGCCGCCGCCCAGCCCCCCGCACCGCCGCGCAGCGGCCCUCGCGGCCGGUUCCGCGGCCACGCCGCCCUCCCCGCUGCUCGAAGCGCCCGCGGCGACCCCGAGCAAGCGCCCGGCGGACGGCGGCGCCUCGGAGGCGGACCCUUCGCUGUCGCCGGCAACGCGUGUUCGCGUCGUGUCGCCGGACACGGCCGAGGACCGCGCGGGAACGGGCAGCCCGACGCGCGCGCAGCUGAGCCAGGCCCGCGAGGAGGUCGAGACGCUGCAGCGGGAGCUGUCUGACCUGCGCAACGCGUUCAGUCUGACCGAGGACCUGCGUGCCUGUCAGACGGGGCUGCACGACACCCUCGUGGCCCUCGCGGGCGUCCUCGAGCGCAGCAUGGGCGACGCCGGCGCCCUCGACGCGCUGGCUGCGCACGUCCCGACGCAGACGCCGGCCGACGACAGCGCUCCCCUUCCACAGCCGGCUGCGCUCCUGGCCGGCGCGUCCCUGGUGCUUGCCCGCCUCGAGGCGGCCGCAUCGGCGCCGGUGACGCUCACGCUGACGGUCCGGGAGCCUGACGUCAGGCUGGGGAUCAGCGUCGCCGUGUGCGACGGCGACUGCACGGCCGCGGCGGAGGCCUGCCGCGCGGCGCACGCGCUCGAGCGGACGCUCGCUGGCACCUCGCGAGAGCUCGCGCAGGCGCGGUCGGACUGCGACGUCGCGCGCGACCGCGCGCGGGACGCCGAGGGCAGCGCGGCGCGCGCGGAGGCGGCGCUGGCGGCGCGCGGCGACCUGGUCACGGCGCUGCGGGAGCAGGUGCGGCACCGCGCGGGCGUGAUCGCGAAGCUGAAGAAGGCCGCGGGCGACCAGAUGGAGCGCGUGGAGGCCAUCGAGGGCGAGAUGGCCGAGUACGUGGAGGUGGCGGAGAGAGCGACGGAGGCCAUGCGGCAAUACCAGCGGCUCGCGGGGGACCGGGAGGCGGAGCUGGAGACGCUGCGGGCGCGCGUCGGGCGCGUGGAGGCCGACCGCGACGACGCCGUGCACAAGUGCGAGCGAGCGCUGAUCAAGGCCGGCCGCGCGUCCCGCGAGGCCCGCGGGCUCGUGCGCGGCGCCACACGCGGCAUGGUGCGGCGCGCCGUCGAGGUGGCCGUCGGGGAGGAGGAGCGCGAACGCGAGGUCAGCGUCGCGCGGUGCGUCGCGGCAGCCUUCGCGGCGGUCGCCGCGGGGUCCUCUGCGCGCCGCGACGCCGAGGGGAGCGCCCGCGCGCUGCAGGCCGAGAGAGACGCGGCGCGCAGGGAGGCCGAGUCGCUGCGGCGACAGCUCGCCGGGAAGGACGCCGCGCUCACGAGCGUGUCGGACCUGCUGACGGAGGCCGAGCAGGGCCGCGUCGAGGCCCAGGCGGACGCGGCGGCGGCGCGGGAACACGUCAGGCGCCUGAGUCAGGCGGUGGAGUCCCACAAGAAGAACCGCAAGGCCGCCGCGCGGGAGCUGAAGGAGCUCCGGCAGGCGCGCGACGCCGCCGGCGCCUCGUCUGGGCGCGAGGCGGCGCUGCAGCGCGAGCUCGAGGGCGUGCGCGAGGCCCUGCGCUCCGCGACGCAGGGCGCGGAGGACGCGCGGGCCGCCGCGCGGGCGGCGGAGGCCGCGGACGCGGCGGCGGGCGCGGCGGCCCUCGAGGAGGUCACCGCGCGGCUGGAGGCGGCCGAGGCGCGGGCGCACGGCGAGGCGCAGGCGCGCGCUGCGGAGGCGCUGGCACUGCGCAGAGAGAUCGUUGCGCUGGACCGCGAGCUCUCCGCGGCCUCGGAGCGCGCCGCUGCGGCGGAGCGGUGCUGUGUGGACCUCCGGGGCACCGUGGAGGACCUCCGGCGGCAGCUGGCGGACGGGAAACGGCGGUGCGUUGAGAUUGAUGGAGAGAAGGUGCGUCUGGCGGCGGAGGUGGCGCGGGCGGCGGAGGAGCUGUCGCGGUCGCGCGAGGAGGGCGCGGCGAUACGGGCGAAGGCCGCGCGGGCCCGGGACGCCGCGGCGCGGGACGUGGGCGAGCGGGCGGCGCGUGCGGAGCGCGCCGCGGAGGACGUGCGCCGGGAGCUGUCCGAGGCGACCGCGGCGCUCGAAGAGGCGCGUGCGCAGCUCGAGGAGGCCGUGAAGAAGCAGGCGGUUGCGGCGAAGGAGCUCGAGGACCGCAGGAGCGAGCGAGACGCUGCGGCAGCGGAGAAUGAGACGCUGCGUGGCCGCGUGGGCGAGCUUGAGGCUGACGUGGAGAGGGCCGCCGGUGCGGUGCGCGAGGCGGAACGGGAGCGCGACGGGGCGCGUGAGCGCGCGCAGGAAGCGGAGGCGGCGCGGGACGGCGCCGUUGCGAGCUGCGAGGAGAGCGCAGUCCGUGCGGCUGCGGCGGACGAGCACGUCGCGUUCCUGCGCCAGGAGAUUGACGCGGCGGUCGCGCGGGCGGAUCAGGCCGAGCGCGACCUGCACGCGGCGCGGAAGGAGCUCGCGGACGCCGGGGCCGCGGCGGCGGCGGCGCAGGAGACGUUCGCGGCACGUGCGUCUGACCUGGACGGGAAGCUGACUGCGGCGCGCGCGCGGGCGACGAAGGCGGAGGCGAAGGCGGCGUCGAGCUCCCGGGAGCAGAGGCGGCUCGGUGCGGAGCUGCGCGAGCUCAGGGCGUCGAUCGCGGCGGUGGAGGCUGCGAAGGAUCGCACGGCGUCGACGGCGCUGGACGCGGCGGCGAAGGUGGCGGCGGCCGAGGCGCAGAUGCAGGAGUACGAGCUCGAGCUGCAGCAGACGCGCACUGCGCUGGAGACGGAGCGCGGCGCGAGGCAGGAGGCGGAGGAGCGUGCGGAGUCAGCAGAGGGGGGUGUGCUGGCGAAGGACGCGGAGGUGGCGGCGGCGGGGGUCGCGCUCGACGCGGCGAGGGAGGAGGCAGCUGGCCUUGCGUCGCGGCUCGAGGGGGAGCGGACCAAGCUUGCAGAGUUCCAGGCGCAGUUGGAAAAGCUCGAGUUGCAGCGCGACGCGUCCGCUAGGAUCGCCGCGGACGGCGAGCGGGCACGCGAGCUGCUCCGGGGGACCGUCGACGACCUACGCAAGCGCGUCGAGGCGGUGCAGGGCGAGAACGCGGCGCUUGUUGCCGACGUUGCUGCGGCUGAGGCGCACACACGGCAGGCUCGAGAGGAGGCGGCCGGCCUCGCCGAGCGGGUUCAGAAGGCGGAGGACCGCUUGCUCGUGGUAGCACGGGAGGCCGAGGAGCAGCGCGCGGCGUUCCGGAGCGAGAUUGCCGCACUGAGUGCCGCAGUCAAGGCUGCCGAUUCCAGGGCUGCGCAGGAGCGCGACGGCGCCGCUGCGGCGGCGGAGGCGCACGCGGCGGAGCUCGCGGCCGCGGAAGACGCCCACGCGGCCGUCGAGCAGCUCCGGCGGGAGGCGGAGGCCCGCCGCGCUGCCGCAGAAGCGGAGCUGGCGCAGCAGGGCGAGCGGUUCACCACUGCGAUCGCCGAGAACGAGCAGACCAAGACACGCGUACAGGAGCUCGAGGAGGAGCUCAGGCAGGCAGCUGCCGCCGCGGGCGAGCAGGAGGAGAGGCUGGCACAGCAGGGCGAGCGGUUCACCACUGCGAUCGCCGAGAACGAGCAGACCAAGACACGCGUACAGGAGCUGGAGGAGGAGCUCAGGCAGGCAGCUGCCGCCGCGGGCGAGCAGGAGGAGAGGCUCGGAAAGGCAAUCGAGGCGUUGAGCACUGUGGGCGCCGACAACAGGCAGCUCGAGUUCGAGCUGGACGCGAUCAGGCCGAGGCACGAGGCCCUCAAGCUGCAAGUGGCGACGAUCACGGCGGACCUGGAGAGGGCCGUUGCGGGGGCGCGAGAGGCCGAGCGUGCGCGCGACGCGGCGCUGGAGCGCGUCCGGGAGGCGGAGGCGCAGCGCGACGGCGCGGUCGCGGAGCGGGAGGAGAGCAGCAGGGAUGCGGCCACUCUGAGGGAGCAGCUCGGGGUCGCCCAGCGGGACCUCCGUGAGGCGCGCGCGCAGCUGGCGGCCGUCGAAGGCACCUGCGAGACGCUCCGCGGCGGCGUCAGCGACCUGCAGGGCCAGUUGGAGAGCAGGAUGCUCGCGUUGGAGGCUGCGGAGGGGGAGCGCGAUGCCGCCGUGUCGCGGGCGGCGGAGGCGCAGCGGGAGCUGGAUGUGUGCCAGGGCGAGCUGGUUGACCUCGAGCAGCGCCACAGCGGGACCGUGAAGCGCUUGUGCGACGCGGAGGGCGAGAUGAAGCGCACGGUGUCUGCGCUGGAGGCGGAACGGGCCAAGGCGAAGGAGCUCGCGGAGGACCGCGAAGCCGCACGGGCGCGCGCGUCGGAGCUGACGCAGCGGGUCGCGGAGUGCGAGGAUCGCGCCGAGGCCCUGCGGCGCGAGCGCGACGGUAUGGCGCAGCGCGUGUGCGCAGCAGAGCAGGCCGCCGCCGCGUCGCGGGCGGAGCUGGCCGGCGCGGUGCGCGAGCUCGAGGACAAGCUUGCCGCGGCCGCGGAGAGCGCGGGCGAGGCGGAGCGGCAGCGCGACGCGGCGCGGGAGGAGGCGGGCGUUGUGGAGGCGCAGCUCAGGCAGGAGAAGAAGGGCCGCGGAGAGGACGCGCGGCGCCUGGACGAGCUGUCCGGGAGCCUUGCGCGAGCGCUCGAGGAGUCCCGCGCGCUCGGGGAGCGGGCGGCGGCGCAGGCGCGGGAGCUCGAGCGCGUCAGGGCGGAGGUGUCUGGCCUGACUCAGCGGGCCGCGGCGUCCGACGCAGCGGCGCGCGAGGCCGCGGCGGAGCUCGCGCGGUUCGAGGGCCGCGUGGGCGAGCUCGAGGCGGCGCGGGAGAGGCUGGUUGCGGAGGCGCGGGCCGCGGAGCGGGCGUGGUCGCAGAAGGUGGAGGUGGCGCACGCCGAGGCGUCGGAGGCGCAGAUCGCGGAGGGCCGCGCGAAGGAGGAGGGGGCGGCGCUGAAGGAGGACCUGGCGGGGGCGCGGCGGGCGCUCGCGGCGGCGGAGCGGCGCGCGACGGAGGCGGAGGCGGCGCACGCACAGGCGGGUGCGCAGCUGCUGGGGCGCGAGGCCGAGCUGGAGGCCGCACGGCAGGCGAUCCUCGGGCUGAGCCAGGAGCGGCAGCGCGUGGUGUCGGCGCUGUACCACGCGGGGCUGCUCAACGUCCGCGAGAGCGCGGAACUCGAGUGCUCGGACGACGGCGUGCUCGAGGCCCUGGCGCAGCUCUCCGAGGCGCGCGCCGACCUGGAGCACGCAGCGGCGGAGAUCGAGAUCCUGCGCAACGAGGUCGAGGCGCGGCGGCCGCGCGGCGCCCCGUCGCCCGUGUCCGCCCGCCUGACCGCGUCGUGGGUCUCCGAGGCUGCGGGCGCGUCCAGCGCCACGAUCAGCACCGUCGACUCCGGCGGCUCGAAGCGCGACGACUCCCGGUCGAGCGACUUCGUCCGCAGCCUCCGCGCGAUCCGGACGGGCGUGCAGGACGUCGCGUCGGAGCUCAAGGCCGUCCCCGCCCCGGGGAAGAGCGCCGCCGACGACGAUGACGACGCAGGGCACGUGGCGGCUGGGUCGGUGGACGGGUCGUCGUACGGCGACUGCGAGAGCAUCUCGCUCGGGGGGUUCUCCGGCGCGGCGUCGGUCGCGUCGGACACGGCGAGCGUGCGGAGCUCCGCAGGCAGCGGGUUCUUCCGUCGGUUGUUUGGGCGGGCGCUGAAGGGGGAGGGCGAGGGGGCGCCGACGCCGGCGAUGUCGCAGGCGUCGCUGCCAUUGUCGACGGGCGGGCCGAACCCGCGGCAGCGGUCGACGCCGGAGCGCGUGGGAGCGCUGAUGGAGGUGUCGUGGGGGGGAGUCGAGAUGAGUACCCCCUCGCCUGACGUCACGAGCGCCGCGCAGCACUCCGGGCCGUGCAUGCCCCCGGCGUCGCCGCCGGGACCGUCGCCUGGCGCCACGAUGGACGCCGGGUGGUGCGGCGCGACCCCUCCGAUCCCGCUAAACACCACGGGGGGUUGUCGGGCAGGCCUGACGCCGGGGGGAGUCAAGCGCAUGGACGACCUGUGGGCUGGCGGCUCGCUCGGGACGACGCCGUCCCCGGGGCCGCUCGUGGGGGCGUCCGCGACGCCGAGCCCGAACGGCGUGCGCGAAAUGUUUGCGCACCGGUGGGCGGAGCCUUCGACGGGGGACGACGGCGCGGCGGAGGCCGACUCGAUCGAGCAGGGCCAGCGACUGAUGGCGGCGUUCGAGCAGGCCGGGGAGUUCGUGGACAGCAGCGACGAGGAGUGA